GUUUAUAUACGGCUCACAUCCAGCCCUGAAGAGCGCACACUUCAGUUCCGACUAGUUUACUGGUGGAUGUUUUAAUCCGUCCGCAGUAUGAAUCUUUUUUAAAGAGACGUUUGUGAUUAGUUUUGGUUCAUCAUGGCAACCUGUAGCUCUUUCAGACUCGCAGUGAGACACAGACAGAAAAUCUCCUCAGUUCAGGAGCUUUUAGUGCGGAAUGUAAAGAUACACACAGGAGACCUGAAUCGCCAAACAGCUUUACCGGAGACCCUGAAGAACAUGGAUGAGUUACCUGGUCCCAGUCUCUCCUCUACUGUUUACUGGCUGUUUGUGAAAGGAUAUGCAGAUAAAAGCCACGCAUUACAGGUGGAGCACAAGCGCCUGUACGGUCCGAUCUGGCGCUCACGGUUCGGGCCGUUUGACAUUGUGAACGUGUCGACGGCAGAGCUCAUCUCCCAGGUGCUCCGUCAGGAAGGACGCUACCCAGUGCGCACUGCGCUUCCACACUGGAAAGAGUACCUAGAUAUGAGGGGUCAGGCGUACGGGCUCCAUGUUGAGAAAGGGACGGAGUGGUACCGAAUGCGUAGUGCUCUGAAUCCAAAAAUGCUGAAGUUGCAAGAAGCAUUCGCGUAUGCACCGGUCAUUCAUGACGUGGUGUCAGAUCUGCUGCAGAGAGUUGAGCGACUGCGCUCACGCAGCCCGGAUAAGAGCACUGUGUGCGACCUCGCCUCCGAGCUCUACAAAUUCGGCUUCGAAGGCAUUUCCUCCAUCCUGUUUGAAACACGCUUGGGCUGCCUUCAGGAAGAAAUUCCAACAGAAACACUCCGCUUCAUCACAGCAGCUAAUAACAUGCUAACUCUGUCUGAGACUGUGCUGUUUUUCCCUCGCUGGACACGGAAAAUAUUCCCUUUCUGGAAGCAGUUUAUCCAGGCCUGGGACGAUCUCUACGAUGUAGCACGGAAUUUGAUCGACAGAAAGGUGAAGCAGAUGGAGGAACAGGUGCAGCGUGGGGAACAACUGGAAGGCAUGUACCUUACCUACCUGUUAUCAAGCAACAAACUCACCCUGGCAGAGGUUUAUAUCACUGUCACUGAGCUGCUGCUGGGAGGAGUUGAUACGACAUCUAACACCAUGUCCUGGACUUUGUAUCACCUCGCUCGUGAUCUGGAGGUGCAGAACCGUCUCUAUCAGGAGGUGGCGUCUGUGUGUCCGGACAGACGGAUGCCUACCACAGAGGACCUGAGCAGAAUGCCGUACCUUAAAGCUGUUAUCAAGGAGACACUCAGAUUGUAUCCUGUCGUGUCCGGUAACGGACGCCUCACUGUGGAAAAUGAGGUCGCUGUAGGCGGUUUCUGGUUCCCAAAACAGACACAGUUCCAUCUGUGUCACUAUGCCGCAAGUCACGACGAGAAUGAGUUUCCUGAAGCCGGAGCUUUCAUUCCGGAGCGCUGGAUGAGGGGAACACGGUUACGUUCCCAACACCACCCCUACAGCUCCAUCCCGUUUGGAGUCGGGGUCCGGGCUUGUGUGGGGAGACGCGUGGCAGAGCUGGAGAUGUACUUUGCUCUGUCUCGACUGUUGCAGCACUAUGAGGUGCAUCCCGUUGAUGGAUCCCCUGCCAUCCACCCCAAAACCCGGACUCUCCUCAUUCCUGCCAAACCUAUUAACCUGCGCUUUUUCCCCCGGACCUGAAGGCGGCGUUGCUUCUUUGAGCUGUAAGUCUUACAAGGAUUAAGUGUAAAAAAAUAAAUAAAUACGUAAAUUAAUAAUAAAAAAUAAGUAAAUAAAAAAAUCUCUGCAAAAAUGGAGUAGUAUAAUACGAAAUAUUUCAAGUGAAAAGCUUCUUUUACGUGAUUUUGAAUUCUUAUAGGAUUUUAUGGCCACAUUGGAUAUUAAUUCUCUCAGAGAUGAUUUUUUUAUUUUUAAAUUUUUGCACCUUUUCUUGCUUGCAGCACUUAUAGAAAAAACCCCAGUGCCUUUGCUAUUGCAUAAAGCCCACUACUCAUCACCUUUAUCCUUAUCUUCAUCUUAUAAAGUACAGACUUUUAUUUAAAGGUCACACUUUAUGGACUUUAACCCUGAGACAUAAACGCCUUUUGUGAUAUUGGAUUGUUUCUAUAGUAACAACGUGUACGGCAGAUGCCACGUUUAAUACUAAUAGUGAACAUUUUAUUAACUACAAAAACCUCCAGAAAAUUCUAAUUGUUUAUAGGUUGAAGGUUUCUUUAAUGAGAAAUGUCCUUAACAUUUAUAGAACAGCACUGACACCGGAGACUCCUUCCCUAAAUGUUGGACAAUUGUCUUCUAGAUACUCUGUAUAAUGUGAUGAACUGUUUUUUUUUUUCUUCUUCUUCAAGGGAGAACAUAAAGUAAGGCAUGAGCAAAUCGUACGUGAGCAAACGUGAGCUGACGUUCGUAUAAGUGGAAUAAUGUAAAGAAUACAUUUUACAGUAGGAUCGGUUGCUGUGAUGUAUGUAAGAGGAGGAAAACACUUCCAGAUUCGUUUGUUAUGGGACAAUAAUCAUGUAUUACACUGCAGAUAAACUGUAUCCAGUUAUAAAGUGCAAUAACUUGUAUGCAAUAUAAAAAAAAUGCAAUAUCAAUAAAACAAAAAUACAUGGA